UUUAAUAGGGAGUUGUUCGUUUGUGUGUUUAUUGGCAACAAAUUUUGUCGAAGUUUAGAAUUUAGUUUUUUUUGCAUUAAAAUUCAGUAUUUUAGCUAGAGAACACAAAUAAACUAAACAGCCGAGAUGCGCAACUUUCUUAAGCAACAGUCGCAAGACACUACGGACACCAGUAUUGAAAAAGGCGACUACCCACGCGCCUCAAAUGGCGUUGUGCUGGCCAGUGUAGUCAUAUUUGCGGCGUCCUUUUUGCUCAUGAUGUCAUUUUGCUCGCCCUACUGGAUUGAGUCGUAUGAGGAGACACACAGCAGCUUCAAAAAUAUGGGUUUAUGGGAAUACUGCUUCAAGAAUUUCGUAUAUCCAUACUACCAAUUUCCGCGACAAUUCAAUGGCUGCCAUAAUAUUUUCAGUCAUGAAUAUUAUGUUAUUAGAGAAUACCUGUUGCCAGGUUGGCUCAUGGCUGUGCAGGCCUGUGCAACUUUAGCCUUCCUCCUGACCUACACUGUAUUAACUCUAUUAUCUUUAGUUAUCAUACGCUUACCAUUGAAGGGAAUACUUCAGUAUGAAUGGUUAUUGAUACGCAUUUCAUACUUGUGUACCGCAAGCGCGUCUAUUUUGCUAUUUCUCGCCGUAUGCAUUUUUGGUGGCUGCGCCUACCGUCGUGAUUGGCUUAUGUAUCCUAAAUUUAAUGUACUCGGCUGGUCAUAUGCCGUAGCUGUUGUGUCAUUUAUAUUUCUCGGAAUAGGCGCUCUGAUUUUACAUCGCGAGGCACGUUAUGCUUAUGAUUUACGCGGCGAACAGAAAAAUUUAGUAAUGCAAAUGGAAAUGCAAGAGCCUGGCUAUCAGCCGCCAAGGCAUCAUCAUAGUACAUCACGCAGUCUGCAUGGCUACAUAUAAAAAGGGCAAAAAGCGAGCAGCAUUUUCAAUUCAGUGCUUUGCUACGAAGCACUUUUUUAUUCCAUUUUACUACUUUCGAU